GCCACUUCUCCGGAGUCCAAAUUCUUGGCUGCAAAGAUCUGAAACUUCAAAGGUGAGGCUGCUACAUAGGGAAGCCGCAGUGCCAGCAGCCUGCUCUACCGUAGGUAAAUUUCAAAAACGGGGGACUGGUAGACCAGGAUUGCAGAUUGCAAUCUCUGCGAAGCAGCUCCUGAAGCCUCUGAGUGUGGGUUGAUACCUAUGUGAGUUGGUUGUCAGCUACUGUGAGCACUUCGCGUCGGGGGGGCUUGCAAGCAGGCGGCUUUGAAGUUGGGUAGGGCCAACGUGCCGCUGCGUUUCUCGGCCCACAUUUGUUGAGCCUUCAAACUUGUCUGGAGAGCAUGUAGGAUGCCUGCAGGGGAGACAGUGCAGGCCUUGCAAAAGUUGCAUGCUUAUUGCCUCAUGUGAGACAUGCAUUGAGUAUAGGGGGAGCCCUUUGAAGCUGGAAAGAAUCGAUUCUAUUCUGAGCUUUUAUCAGCAGCAAGGACUAGCUGCCAAAAACAGCCUGUAGCAAUGUUUCAAGGAGGGCAGGGGCUCUUCGCUUGAUGUGACAUCAGGAGACUGCGGCUAUGGAUGACUCUGAGACGUACUUCUAUGAAGAGGACUUUGACGAUGCUGGCUUGCUCUCAGCUGUGCAUGAGGCAGAAGCGUCCAAGCGGCAGAAGAUGAAUGCAAGCGAAUGUGAUCUAGGCAGCAACGUCAUCCAUGUAAAGCUCCCUGAAGUGCUCACUGGGUGGGCUCAACAGACGGGCAUGCCAGCGCGUCCCACCAUAAGAGAGCUUCCGCAGACACCAGCUUCGGGGAGGAGCCACAGCAACAUGAAUGGGGGAGGGGGAUCUGGGAGACCCCGAUCAGAGGGUCGAAUGGUGCCCCCCACUGCAACAGCAUCUGAUCCCAGUGCCACCUUGAGCCUUGUUCCUAUAUUGGCUCCACAGCGGGAGCACAGAGUUGAGGUCGAGCACACUGCUCAGCGGGGCAAUGUGCAGCAUGGCCAGAGCUACGGACAGAACAGUAGACCCCCUGACAGUCAGCGAGCAGGACAGCAGCAGAACGCGUCGCACCUAGUUCCUGACAACCAGCUUAUGUACCCUCUGGUGUUGCCAAGUGCCACCCCCCCUCCUCCAGCAUCGCCACAGCCACCUUCCUGGCAAGCUAGUGGUGCAACAGACAAUUCCUACUUUGUAACACACCCCCCCGCUACCUCCAGGCCCUCCACCUCCUAUCAGCAACCACAUACCCCUCAGCCAGGGAAUCAACGGCUGCCCUUGCAGCAGGUUUCCGAGAAUCGGCAAGUUCCCGGCGCGCUCGCUCUUGUAGAUAGGAAAGAAGCCAGGCCUCAAGUCGUUGCAGCUGGAGGGCAGGAGAACGUGCCUGCUGCGCCGCCGGCAAAGAAGAAGGAACUGUGGUUGGACUGCCCCCGCGCCUCUGUCUUCAGGUCCUUCCAGGAUGAGGCCAUGCAGAUACUAGAUCCAUGCGACUACCAGAUGCUGCAAGGGAAGAGGAUGAUAAAGAAGACAGGGUGGCGGAAGCUGGGCAUGUUCUUCGGCGUCAACUACGAGAUCAAGGACUUCCGGGACGAGACGGACCAGAACGGGGACAUUGUGCGGUCCAGAUUCUGGGUGAAAGCAAUCAUGCCAAACGGGCGGUACUGUGAGGCCACAGGCUCCUGCGACGCCAACGAGAAGCGCUUCUCGAAGCCGAACAACGACAUCCCGGCAACUGCAGAGACGCGGGCCAAAACACGAGCAGUUCAGGAUCUCCUUGGCAUAGGCGAAUGGAAGAGCCAUCAAUGAGCUUCAGAUGUCAAGAUGUCGCAUUGACAGUCAGAUACCCGUCAAACGCACUGUAAAUCCUGGCCAGUGUUGCGAGUCUCACGAAAGCUACAAAUUGAGCUUUAGGGGCGUUGGGCUCGCUGCCAAUAAGGUGGCACUUUGCAAUGUUCAGGUGAGCUUUACUAUGUCACAUGUACAUUCGGGUUCCAUACGAUUUUGCGCUCUCUCCGGGGUUUGAAGAUUGAAG